UUCACCAAAGCAGGAGACGAAAUAUCAGCCGUGAGAUAAAAAGAUAACAUUACCCACAGAUAUUGUUUGUUUUUUUAUCAAAUCUCUGGAGUGAUAUUGGAACAACUGUCUUGGAGAAAACACCUCAACACCGUGAACACUCAAAAACAUCAAUCGACAGACAGAAAAAGUUUUUUUUUGUGGUCGAAGGAAUUUUAUCAAUUCGCGAGUUAUCACUUAUCUUUCAUCAGCUCCAAGUUCUUUUUGGUCCAUCCUGAUUAACAUCGGCACCAACGUUCGACUUUUGUGGAGAUUAAUUCAAGGGCAGUGAGGCUCCAGCGUGUGUCAGUCACUCUCUUACUGUUGAACUUGGGGGCGUCUCGAAGAGGCUGUUUGUCCUUUGGAGUAUUUUCUUGCUGAGGAAAGGCUUGUUGAGGACAUUAUGAUGGCUGUCGCCGCUGCACAGAAGAACCGCGAGAUGUUCGCUAUCAAGAAAUCAUACAGCAUCGAGAACGGCUAUCCGGCGCGUCGCAGAUCCCUUGUGGAUGAUGCCCGUUUUGAGACGCUCGUGGUGAAGCAAACGAAGCAGAGCGUGCUUGAGGAAGCUCGUCACAGAGCCAAUGACUCAAGCACGGAUCCAGCUUCCGCUCAAGAGACGCAGAAUCAUGAGGAGCCGUACUUUUCAUCAAGCGAUGACGAACAGGGCGAAUCACUGAGAUUCGUUAGUAAGGAAGGAGAAGCCAAAGCAGAAGCUUCAUCCUCGGAUGGCGAGGGAAAACCCAAUGUUGACGACGAUUACGGACUCACCGAGGAGGAAGUGGUGCUGGCAAAGACCAUUGCCGAGAGUCCGGAGGGUGAAUCAGCAGUUCAAAAAGCAGCACUUAUGCUUCGCUUGAAAGAUGGUAUUGGUUCACUGGCACGUAUAUUGAAAACUGUUGAGAACUUCAAGGGCAGUGUAACUCAUCUUGAGUCUCGACCAUCACGCAAAGAGGGUACCCAAUUCGAUGUUCUCAUUAAGGUUGACAUGACACGUCAGUGUCUCCUCCAGUUGAUUAGAAAUUUGAGACAGAGUUCAGCACUUGGUGAGGUUUCUUUGCUGGCUGACAAUUCUGUCAGUAUCAAGGAUCCCUGGUUUCCACGUCAUGCAUCUGAACUUGACAACUGCAAUCAUCUGAUGACAAAGUACGAGCCUGAUCUUGACAUGAAUCAUCCGGGUUUUGCUGACAAGGAGUAUCGUGCACGCAGAAAGGUCAUCGCUGAGAUAGCAUUUGCGUACAAAUAUGGCGAUCCGAUUCCCUCAAUUCCCUACACCGAGACCGAGAAUGAGACAUGGCUUCGUGUUUUCAAUACUGUUGUCGACCUAGUGCCAAAGCACGCCUGCAUUGAGUACCAGAGAGUAUUCAAGAAAUUGCGCGAGGAGAAGAUCUUCGAGGCCCACCGCAUCCCUCAGCUGCAGGAGGUCAGUGAAUUCCUGAAGAAAAACACUGGUUUCACCCUUCGUCCAGCUGCUGGUCUACUCACAGCUAGGGAUUUCCUCUCCAGUUUGGCUUUCAGGAUAUUCCAGAGCACCCAGUAUGUCAGACAUAUCAACAGUCCGUACCACACACCCGAGCCUGACUGCAUCCACGAACUUCUUGGACAUAUGCCACUUCUGGCUGAUCCCAGUUUCGCCCAGUUCUCCCAGGAGAUCGGUUUGGCCUCCCUCGGAGCAUCAGACGAGGAGAUAGAGAAACUCUCUACCAUCUACUGGUUCACCGUUGAAUUCGGUCUCUGCAAGGAAGGAACAGAAGUGAAGGCAUACGGCGCUGGUCUUCUCUCAGCCUACGGUGAGCUUCUUCACUCCCUGAGUGAUAAGUGCGAGCACCGAUCCUUCGAUCCAUCCACUACUGCAGUUCAACCUUAUCAGGACCAGGACUACCAGCCGAUUUACUACGUCGCCGAGAGCUUCGAGGAUGCGAAGGAAAAAUUCCGUCGCUGGGUGUCAACAAUGAGCAGGCCUUUCGAGGUCAGGUUCAACCCACACACUCAGACUGUCGAGGUUCUCGAUACCGUCGAGAGGCUCGAGGGUCUCGUUGCCCAGCUCAACCUUGAGAUGACCCAUCUGACGAAUGCCAUGAACAAGAUCAAGGCACGAGUGUAAACUCAUUGCUCCAAUCCAAAUCACUUCUACCCCUCCGACAUGUGAUCCACCCUCUUAUUUAAGGAUUCACAUUAUCUUAUCUCCUCGUGUCAGCGUCAAUGUCAACGUCAUCAUCAUCAUCACUUGUCGUUAUCAUUUUACCCUGUAUAAAGUCGUCACUCAUGAUCCUCAGUCUCAAUUAUUUGACUCCAACGUCACUAUCACUAGUUUCGCAUUCGCCCAGGCGGUAAGACUCUUUGAUUUCAUGGAUUACCUGUGAAAUUUAUCAUUGAGUCAUGUAUUGUUUUGACUCCACGGAGGAAUGCUUUCCUUUUGUCUACGAACGGUCGAGAAAAUAAAUGGAGUUGGAUUUUGGGUGAAAUGCUAGACAAAAAUGUGUUACGUGACUUUUGGACUGUCAAAUAAGGCGGACUAUUAUAAUUGUAUUAUUAUAUUAUUCGUGUAAUCCCUCUGAUGAAAAUACGGUAGACACAGUUCGAAGCUAACGACUGCGAUCUCCGCUCUAACUUUGUGUGAUCCUCUAGAUUGCUAAUUAGCCCGCUGUUACCAACUAACUAUUAAAUUAAACAUUUAACGCGGGAUUUAUGAUAUUAUUAUUUUUAUUAUUCCGUCGAUACGGCUAAGACAGCGUUUUACGUUCUAUCACAAGUAGAUCUCUCAAUCGCAUCGGUAUGAAUGUGUUUUAGGAUUCAACGAUUUAGUUUCGGUUUUUUACAGUCGUUGGCGAUUACACGUGAAACGAUAGAAAGUAUUCUAAUUUAAUUGAUUGUGUAUUUUUUUUAUCAUUUAAGAGGGUAUCUAUCUUCUGAGUGUUUUGUGGACAGAUAAUGUCCAGCUAUGAUCAAGGAAAAUAAAUGUUUAAUGCCUUUAGAAUUGCACCUCCUAUCUGUGCACCGAAACUUUUAAAAAUGUUUAAAGAAUUAACUGUGUAUUCACCAGUAAUCGAGAACGCAUUGCGCGAUGCAAUUACUUAAUCCUUUUAGAUUGUUGUAUCCCAUGAAGAUUUUUUGUUUGUAUUAUAUUGUAAAGUACACGAAUAAAAUGAUAUAAUCACUUGAAA